UACCAUCACAAACCAGGUGAUGGUAUCCUGGUGUCCAAUGACAGUGCGUAAAACUGCGCGCAUCAUAGGAUAAAAAGACACGCCUGCCCAUGCCGGAUGGUACUCGUGCUUUCUGUGCUUCUUUCUCGCUUCAUCGCUUCAGCACCACAUCAUUGUGCUUUGCUGAUCUACACACUGAUAGUCAGGGAGUUUGUCCAACUAAGCCGAGAAGAGAGGAAAAGAAGAAAAGCAUAAUUCUAAAACGAUGUCCAUAUCGACUGUCCUUAAUAAGUGGUGACUUAUUUUGAAACAAUUAAAUCGUCUUAAACAUUCAGACGUUUCUUGUGCCAGCUAAAGAGUUUAGAAGGCAAUAUGAAGACGCUUUCGUUCGGUGCACUAGUGCUCACCGCGGGCAUCACUGGGUUACUGAGCUUUGGCUUCUUGGCUGCUGCUAUUGGAAGUGAGUACUGGUAUAUCAUCAAGGUGAACCGAACCGAUGUUGGAGAUUUAGACUCCCACUCCGGACUCUGGAGAGUACACGAAGGUGGGGAGGUCUACUCGUUCACAGCAGACCCUGCCUCCUCCAACUAUACUGAGACAGAAAAACACAUGCUGCACAUGCACAGCAUGAUUGUGGUCUUGCUGGUACUCAGUCUGGUCCUUCUGGUGUUGGGUGGGAUCUGUGGAUUGGUCAGUUCCCUUGCACGAAGCCCCGUCCUCCUCACUGGAGCAGCCUCCUACUUCCUGGUUUGCAGCCUCCUGACUCUCUCUGGGGUCAGUCUCUACAUCAGCUACUCCCAGGCAGCUGUGGCUGAGACAGAGAGGCUGGUGGGAGCCGAGCGUCUGGCUCAGGUCUGCACCUCCUACGGCUGGUCUCUGGGUCUGGCCUGGCUGUCCUGCGGCCUGGAGGUCCUGACAGGCUUGCUGCUGCUCCUCGCUGCCAGGACUGCCAGACGUCAGCAUGGCCACCAGGGACAUCACACCGUGGCCUGACCCUCCCCUGGAAGACAUGCUGUAUCAUUGCGGAAUAACUGUCUCAUUGAACUACACGCUUUAAGCCCUGUUUGUUGCUGGACUAAUGUGUCUCAAAGUUGACAGACCAGAAUACUGAGAAGAAGAGGGAGAAACACUAGGGGGGGUUGUCUUCUGUUCAUAUUCAUUGAUAAUGUGUUGACCCUCACCUUAUACACAUUGGUGGUCAGUAAACAUGUAUUGGAAGUAUGUAGGUGACCAGUGGGUUGCUUGGCUAAACAGACCAUCACGGAUAACACAGUCUUAGAAGAAGCCAAGAGGAGGAGAAUGGGGUGAAUGAAAACAGCAAGAAGUCCACUGGCUCUUUUCUCCCAUGGUGAGGAGUGGAAUAACACUUUACAUAUGUUUAAUGUUUAGCAUUGACCCAUGUACUAAAGUUUACUGCCUGAAUAUAAAACUCAUCACAUUUUCUGCCCAUAGAGUUAUUGUUUUAACAGGACCAUUCAACUUUGCUUUUAAUCUUAACAUGCUAAGCCAACCUAAUGUGUCAUGUGGAUACUGCUCAAAAGAUGUUUGUUCUCUAUGUAUGUUAGCACCACUGUUGUAUUUUUGUGUGAUUUUUAAUUGUUUGGACAUAGACAUAAAGUAUUACAGUGCCACCCUGUGGUCACAUA